AAGGCCAUCGCGUCCACCUACGCGCAGCUCAUCGGGAACUACUCCCCCGCCCUAGCUGACUCCUUUCUAACCUCCAACUUCACCGACACCUCAGACUCUAUCAACGCACUGGCCGACAUAAUCCUGGGGUCCGUCACCUUCCCGUCCAAGGAGGCCUUCGAGACUUCUCAAGCGAACUCCCUCAAGAUCCCGCUCUUUGUCACGUCCAUCAAUGCUGUGACAUGCGAUACGCUCGUCCUGCGAUGGACACAGACGUUUGGCCCGUCGAAUCAGCCCGUGGCGGGGAUCAGUAUCUUGAUUCUGAUCUGGGAUGAGGCCAAGUGGAAGCUCAAGACGCUGUACACGGAGUUCAACAGCUUGACCUACUUCCAGAAUACGGGUGGGAAC